AUGGAGAUGGAAAUGAUGGACGACAAGGGGAUGGGGAACAACAAUGUUGUUGAACCGAUGUUAAUUAAGCACAAUGCGAGGAGCAUCACCGAGGGGAAGAAGUUUUUUCAGUACACCUCCACGCUUAUUGCGGGACUGAUGUCGAUGCAAGCAGGAAUGAAGCUAAGCUGGACCUCACCAGUGGGGCCUUACUUGACCUCCGAAACCUCAUUCCUAAUCGACAUGACGGAGAACAAGAUGUCGUGGGUGUGCGCACUGAUGGCGCUGGGUGCAAUAGUCGGUGCUGUCCCAGCCGGUAAGGUUGCCGAUAAGAUAGGACGCAAGACCGCGAUAACGAUAACAGCAGUGCCCUUCCUUAUCUCCUGGCUGACGAUAAUCUUCACGCGGGACCUAGUGAGCCUCUACAUCGGGCGUUUCAUCGGCGGAAUUGGCGCAGGGUCAGCUUGCGUCCUCGUGCCAGUUUAUAUCGGUGAAAUAUCCGAGCCUUCGAUUCGUGGCGCCCUUGGGUCAUUCUUUCCACUACUAUUUUCCACCGGGGUGGUCUUCGUCUACGUAGUAGGGGCCUACGCCGCCUACAUGGCCUUCAACAUCGCCUGUUCCUUGACAUUAGUUCCUUUUUUGCUCGUCUACUUCCUCCCGGAGUCGCCGCUGUGGUUGGUACAAAAUGGCCGCCUGGCAACAGCCGAAAGGGCGCUCAGAACGCUCCGGGGGGAGAACUACGAAUUCAAAAAGGAAAUUUCGGUGCUUCAAGAAGAAGCGGGCCGUGUGGAAAGCAGCAAGGGCGGAAUUAGGGACCUGAUUGGCACCAGAGCCGGAAGAAAGGCCAUUGGAACUUGCGUGGGCCUUAUGUGGUUCCAGCAAAUGUGUGGAAUUGACGCAGUUCUCUUCUACACCGUCAAAAUCUUCAAGGACGCUGGCAGCACCAUCAAUCCCUUCAUCGCCACAAUCAUAAUUGGGAUCAUCGAAGUCAUCAUGGCGGUCGUUGUAGCCACAGUCAUCGACAAAUUCGGCAGAAAACCUCUAUUGGUAAUCUCAGGCACUGCUAUGACCAUUUGUUUAGCUGUUCUUGGGUACUACUUCAAGCUCCAAGCGGAAAAAGUUAAUUUAGAAUCAGUCGGGUGGCUCCCUCUGACGUGUCUUGCGUUAUUUAAUGUUGUGUUCAGUGUCGGGUAUGGCUCGGUACCUUUUGCGGUUAUUUCAGAGCUUUUUCCGCCGGAGACUAAAGGAGUUGCCAGUAGUCUUUGUAUUAUGGUCAAUUGGGCGCUGGUGUUUGUUGUUACUAAGUUCUUUCCGAGUAUGGUUGAGGCUACUGGGCCUGAUGUUACUUUUUGGACUUUUGCUAGUAUGGCUGCUUUGUCUGCGUUUUUUGCGUUUUUCUUUGUUCCCGAGACUAAGGGGAAAACUUUACAGGAAAUUCAGACGAAAUUAGCGGUGCAUAAGAUUAAGCAGGUUAUUUAA